AGCUCCGCUUCCGUAAUCAAAAGCAGCGUCGUUUCUGCUCUCGCUCGCAGACAGAAGAGAUGUUUCCGUGAAUAUAAUGAGCUGCUGAGAGACGGUCGGUGAGCGCGAGGCUGGAGGGAGGGUGAGGACGCGCGCGCGGAUUACUGCGGAGAAUGUUGGACAAGGGGAUAACCGGUACCGGCCCGUUAACGUCCACUGUAUCCACGGAGAGAGGAUGGAGACACAAGGGGGAGAAAAAGCACGCGCUUUACGUAGCCUCGUGAUGGGGAAUAUCUGAGGAUUUCUGUGUGUCAUUGCGGAUUGGACUGUGCCGUAGUGUCCGGGUGCAUCCGUGUGUGUGUGUGUGUGUGUGUGUGUGUGUGUGUAUGUGUGUGCGUGCGUGCGUGCGUGCGUGUGUGUCAUGGGCUGAAAAGAGCCAAGCAAGAGGAAAGGGAUCGAAGAAAGCAAAUUAGCACCUGUUAACAGAAUAGUGUUUUCCCCUAGACAUUGGCACAUGGAUUUCAAGACCUCAAAAGAAGAGACAAAGACAGGGAUUUAUCUACUGCAAGAUGGUAAUGAAGAGCCCUUUAACAUCCGACUGCACUUGUCCAAAGACAUUCUAACGAUUCAAGAGCAAGACGUUAUUUGUGUUUCUGGGGAACCGUUCUACUCUAGUGAAAGGACUGUAACAAUACGACGCCAGGCGAUCGGAGGAUUUGGUUUAAGUAUAAAGGGUGGUGCUGAGCACAAGAUCCCUAUCGUGAUUUCAAAAAUAUCAAAAGAGCAGAAGGCUGAGCUCUCUGGUCUUCUGUUCAUAGGAGACGGGAUUCUCCAGAUAAACGGAAUAAAUGUCAGAAGUUAUCGCCAUGAAGAAGUUGUUCAGGUUCUACGGAAUGCUGGAGAGGAAGUAACGCUAACCGUGUCCUUCCUGAAAAGGACACCCGCCUUUUUAAAGCUACUGCUCUGUGAAGACUGCACAUGUGUACCAAGUGACCAGAGCAGUGGGACAUCGUCUCCACUGUGCGACAGUGGCCUACAUCUGAACUAUCACCCGAACAAUACGGACACGUUAUCUUGCUCAUCUUGGCCUAUGUCCCCAGCGCUACGCUGGGAGAAGCGAUGGGUGGAUCUACGUCUCAUCCCGCUCCUCCACGCUCGUCUCUCGCAGUACGUUCCUGGCUCUGACAUCUGCAGGCAAAAUGCAUUCCAGGUCAUUGCAGUAGAUGGGGUUUGCAGUGGGAUAAUCCAAUGUCCUAAUGGAGAAGAAUGCACUGACUGGCUUCAAGCAAUAGCAUCCAAUAUAUCUGCUCUCACGAAGCACAAUGUGAAGAAGAUUAACAGAAACUUUCCUGUAAAUCAGCAGAUUAUCUACAUGGGAUGGGUAGAUGAGAAGGAGCAGGACUCUGUUCAGGACCGCAUGUACACGCCAAAGUUCCUGGCGUUAAGGGGUUCAUCUCUUUUCAAAUUCUCAGCACCUCCAGUAACGACCUGGGACUGGACCAGAGCUGAACAAAGCUUUACUGUCUAUGAGAUCAUGUCUAAGAUCCUUAAGGACAGCGAGCUGCUAGACAAGCGGCGGCAGUGUUUCAGUGUGCAGAUGGACACGGGUGAGGACACUGUGUUCAGUGUGGAGCUGGAGAGUGAUCUCGUGCUCUGGGAGAAGGCCUUCCAGAUGGCCACCUUUCUUGAGGUGGAAAGAAUACAGAGCAAAACGUACGCCUGCAUCUCAGAGAGCCACCUGAUGGGGCUCACCAUAGACUUCGCCAUGGGCUUCGUCUGCUUUGAUGCAGCAUCAAAGGUGGUGUUGUGGCGCUACAAGUUCUCCCAGCUGAAAGGGUCCUCCGAUGACGGCAAGAGCAAAAUCAAGUUUCUCUUCCAGAACACAGACACAAAGCUCAUCGAGGCCAAGGAGCUGGAAUUCUCUAACCUUUUUGCUGUCCUGCACUGCAUCCAUGCGUUUUUUGCUGCCAAAGUGGCGUGUCUGGAUCCGAUGUUUGUGGGCAGUCCGAAUUCCUCGGCAGCUACCGCGUUGCCCACGCUGACCUCAGGCACCUCCCUGGGCCAGGCUGGCAGGUUGAAGUACUUGAGUUGAAUGACUUACCGUUUUCAGUUGCGGAUUUAAAAACACUAGACGGUCUGCGGCGGCUUUGAACCGUCAUCUUCUUGGACCAUGUAAAACAGCCUGCUUACUAUAUAUUGGGCCAAAGACUGAAAUAACCAAGGUGUGAUGUGAUAUAUUUUGAAUAAUGGAGUGGCAGUGUGUAUGUACGUGUAUGUAUGUUCGACUGGUGUUUCCUAACAGUGUGUGCUUUUAAAACAUUCUUUUAACCCAUUCGGAGAGAUUUUUGAAUUCUAAGCGUCAUCAAGAUCACUCUGUGACAACACAAAUAGAGAUGAUUAUUUGAUCGCUUUACAGAGCCGUGCAUAAAUAUUCAACAUUUUGAGCCUUUGCACAUUUUGUAGCAGCACCUGUAAUUGACCUACUGCUCAAUUAAACAAAGAAACCAAACCUUUGGUAGUUGAAUAAAUUUA